UGGAAGGCAAAGGGGAAUUGGGUUAAGCGGCACUUGGUGUGACACGGUGAGCUAGAAAAACCUCCCAACCUAGAUGCACGAGUUCCACACCUUGCUUUUUGAAAACUCAUGCGAGACCAGAGGUCAUCCUAAUUCGGGGGCUCGCUGGGAAGGUCCAGCCUCCUUGCAACAUCUUUGCCCCGCACAUGCAUCAACUUGUCCUUAUAUGCUGUGCAUUAUAGCUGGUCUCUUGUCGUUAUAUGGGGAUGACACAUUUGAUUACGGCACGGCUUCCACCAACAGCUCUUUUCUUUUUCCGGUUGCGAAGGGGGUAUUCAUGUAGGGGGCGAGGAUGAUACACAUAAAUUUAGAAAGGGAGUCAAGCUAAGAAGGAGAGCGAAAAGAAAAAGUUCCUGGGGUGAAAAUGAAAGGGAACAUCGCCG